UUGUAAGAACAGGCUGUGGCUUUUAAAUUUGAAUUCCUUUUCAACUUUUGAAUAUCACAGUCGACACAAUAUUGAAUUUUUGUCCUUCCCGUAGAAGGAACAAGCAAAUGACAGCUCCACGUUUGGUUGUCUCUGAUGGUUUUGGGAUUUUGAUUUUUAGUUUGAGAGGUAGGCAUCCACCAUUAGCUGUGUUACAUAAUAAUGUUUGUUCAUGUUUGUGUGUGCUGGAUGGAAAUCUGUUUAAUGGACUCAAAUAGAGUCCGUCCAUUAUCACUUCAUGUUUUCGUACAGCAGAACGUGGAGUAUUAAGUGACAGAAAUGGAAUUCUUUAUUGCAUGCCAAAAACACAGACAAUGUGAUGAGCAGUAUAACAACUGACCUCCACAAGAUCAGUGAGUUCAAUGGAGAGAGAUGGCAUAAGUAAAAGACACUAUGGUCCCAGAUAACCGACCACCAUUAUGACUUCUUCAGUGUUCUUAGAAAGGAACCUGGGAGAUCUUCCUUUGUUUGAUAGGAGUAAAAAAGGAAGUACCUCCUCCAAAAAGACGAAUGGGGCAGAGACAAAUGACACUUUUAUAGUGAGGGUAUCAGCAAGGAAACCGAUGGGUAUCCCUGAGGCCCGGGCAGUCCCACAUCCGUCUGUCCGGCCGACAGUGAGAAGGAGGCUGAACUUCCUGGACAGUGAUGAUGACUUCCAACCCACACCAGGAUUCGACUUCACGGACAAGAUGGCAGCAUUCAGGGAACUUCUGAAAAAAGAUUCUGAAAGAGAUGCUGAGAGGAAUAAAAAGAAUUUUCAGAACAGGUAUAUUGGUGAAAUGGAAAGGUGUCAGAAGAGGGACCAGGGAAGGGGAGAUAAACAGAGUGAGAAUGGACUACCUAGGUCUCGAGAAGCCAGAAGGUUGCUCAGCAGACUGGCGGAUGAGAAACUCGCUGGGAUGUCAUACAGAAAUUACCGUGCUCAGCUUCAUCUUGAAAGUGCUUCUGAUCUGCAUAGUAGUCAGGAAAGGAGGACAGAAGAGCCAAGGCGAGAAAGCAAAAGUGAAAGUAGAGGUGAUAAUUAUCUGGAUAAAUUUCUGUCGGAAAGGACUAGUGUUAGAUCAUCAAGUCAUAAGAGAGAGGCUAGCCAUCAAAAUGACGCAGAUCUUGAUAAAAUUCCGCAGAAAGAAUCUCAGGUCUCUCAGCAAACAAACAAUAAUAAAAGUCCACUGUGCCAAAAGAACCCGCUGCAAGAACCAGGACUUUUGUUUAAUGAUACUAUGGGUUCUACAAGUACUCUGAGCAGGAAAACAGGAAAGGGUUCAAUACAGUCCAAUGUUCCACAUUAUCAUCCGUCAUAUGUGUCUGCAAAGGAACCUCCAUCAGGAAAUGUUAGAUCUCUGAGUAAACAACCAAACUCUAAAGGUUUGUGUGAGGGAGUUAGAACAGGGGAAGUUAUCUACACUAAGUCACGCUCAGGCAAGACUUCACAAACCAAUGCUAGAAGUACCCCUCCAUCAACCAGUAAGGAAGAUGGGGGAAUCUUGACCCUGCAGGAUUUGGCCUACUCUCCAGGUAAAUCUAAAUCCAAGAAAAGGAAAACCAAAGAAAGACAAAAGUCAGAGGAAAAAAUCAGAAAAAAUAUUCGGGAAUUAAAAGAAGAUCUGAACAUUUCUGAUUCUUCAAAAGAGAAUGAGAAAGUGUCAUCAAAAGGACGUAGAAGAACUAGCAAGGAAGAGUUUGAACGUAAGACUGGUGAGAUACCAGAAGGAACGGAUGAACCGAAGAUGACUGGACUGGUGAAUGUGGAGGCUCACAAUGCUCUGACUGCCAGGAGAGCAGUGUUUGGUCCUAGACACCCAGAGACGGAGGGGGACAGGAAAAGGGAGGGGUCAGAUGGAGUAUGGAGGCCACCAGACGGCAGUGUGAGCGGGUCAGUCAGAUCCAUUGGAUCUCAGUCCUCGACCAUCAUGGCUGUAGAGCUGCUCAGGAAAAUGUACAAUGUGGACCCGAGAACCAGACAAGAUCUUGUUCUUAAGGCAAAAUGCUUUAGGAGGUGGCUGAAGAAUGUGCAGUCAAUGCAUUCCAUUGACGAGAGGAGUCCAUAUGCCCAGUCUGGCCAAGAAUCGUAUGUAGGGGACCCUCCAUGGGGUCUGAGUGGUUUGCUAGGCUCUGCACGCCUGACUGAGACUGACAGUGAUGACAAUGCUUUGUUGAGUUUUCCACAUGAUAUUCUGCAGAUCAAUGGUCAGAAUGGCAUGGGCUUGGUUAAGAACACUGUAGAAAGUAAUGGCACAAAUUUCGUUAGAUAUGACACAAAGUUUGGUGAACAUCGCACGCCUGAUGAAAAAAUUACCAAAAAGGUUGCACCAAUUACCAAGGAAAAUCUAGAAAGACAUACCCAAAUAGUACAAAGUAAUGUUCAACCUUUCUCCAGCAUUCAUAUGAAUGAUGGACCCUCUGCCUUUAACAUUGUUAGGCCAUGUCCUGUAAAUCAGAAAGAUUUCCCAGGAGAAAAUGGAAUACCCACAACUCCUUGGUCAAUGGUAACCAGGGGAAAUAAUACCAGUCAAGCAGUACAAAGAACAGACAAAAUACUGUACCCUCAAUAUACCAAUCUGAAACCAGAGGUGCCGAUUCAGAAUCUUUCGAGCAAUGCAACACGUGUGGCCAGUGUGUCUGCUUGUCAGCCAGUUGUGUGUUCUGCCAGCAAGUGUGUGACUGAUAGUGCUAGAAUUGCUAGGGGGCUGGGGCGGGCGACCAAUCUGGUCCUCCCCUCCGUGUCUGAUAGCUUUACACAGCUUCUGGACACAGCAAAUUAUGGGGUCUGUCUGCAAAGUGCUGAAUUGUUUCAUCAACGAAGAGUCCAGAGAGAUUUUUUCUUCAAAUGGAAGAGGAUAGCAGCCGAGCAUGUGAUUAUCAGGGCAGCAGACAACCUCCACAGGCUGCACACCCUGAAAAAAGGGAUGGAUGCCUUUAAAUGGGCAAUCAACCGCUCUAGGAUCAUGGUAGACAUCUACCAAAAUAAGCUGAAAGGUGUUUUGAUGUCGGCCACUUUUUACAAGUGGAGUGAUCGAGCUGUCAGCAGUCGUCAGGAGAGAAUGAGGGUGACGUUUGGCAAGUGGAGACAUUUCACAGAGGAGUCGCAGAAGAUCCGUUGUUUACAAGACUCCAUUGAUCACAAGCUGUUGAUCCAAAUGAUGAACACCUGGAGGGAAAAGUUCCAAAUCCGAGUCAAAGAGAACUCAGCCUACAAUCACUUUAGGACAAAGAUUUUGACCCAGAUGCUGACAGCAUGGAGGAUCUACACACUCGAGUCCAAGGAGAAGCAGAGGAGGGACGAAAUGGCGAGAAACUUGUACAGCGAGAGACUGCAGAGCAAGAUGUUCACUUGUAUGGUGAUAUUGUACAGAAAGAUGUCUGCAGCCAAACUUCAUCACAGGAACCAGUCCCUCCACAUGGUGUUGCAGAACUGGAAACAGGGUGCCCUGAUUAGUCGAGAGGAGCACGAGAUGAACCUGGUUCAGAGCCAGGAGCACUGGAAGAAGAACCAGCUUCAGCACUGCUUCGUCCACUGGCACGACCUCCUACUGACCGAGAGGGCCAUCCUGUCAGCCAACCAUAAACUCACCAGAAAUGCAUUUAUUAUCUGGAAGACGAGUUGGGAACAUCAAGUUCAUUACCGAGAAGAAAUUGAUGCCCGCAUCCGAUAUAAGAUCCUCUCUACAUCGCUGAGCUGCUGGAGGGAAAAUGUGGCAGUGCUCAAGAAACGCCGGGAGGCAGCAGUGGUGUUCCUGCAGCGUGUUCUGGUCAGACACAUCUUACAUGGCUGGAAAAACUACACACAGCACAAAAAACAGCUCAGCGCUAAAAGGGCAUUUUUAAGAACAAUUCAGAGGAGUUUGACAAAUCGCUUGAACGUUAAAAUACAACGGAAGGUUGUGUCUCUAUGGAAACAGCAGGUGGAAGAGAGGCUCAAUUUGCGCCGUGCUCAAACAUUUUGGUCUAAUACUUGUGCCAGGAAAUCAGUUGUACAGUGGAAGAAAGUUUGCCACAAGAGGGCGCUACUUAGGCUGCUAAAUAACACAGAGCCAAUCAGACAACAGAAUCUACUCAAACGAAUGUUCCAAAAGUGGUGGAGUAUAAAGGAGAGGAUCGAGAGUGAGAAUCAGGAGGUGGAGCAGAUGCGGGGAAUACUGGAGAGAUCCCAGCUAGAGAGACGCUUCAGUCACUGGAAAGCAGAGAUGUUACUACGGUUACGGAUCAGACCACUGGUCCAGCGUAGGCAGACAGGACUACUCACAGAGUCAUUUAAAGCUUGGUAUUCUUUGGUGCAGCAGAAGAAAGAAUGUAGAAAUAAUAAUUCACUCUUCUUGAAAUCCAAACUUAGAAAGUGUUUUAGUAUUUGGAGGCAUCAGUUUUUGAUACAAGCUGUUGAGAAAGAUUUAAAAAAGAAGGUAGAGACAGGUUUUGUGAGGAGAUGUUUGUCAGGAUGGAGAGAAGUGAUAAGGAGAAAGAAAGAGGCACAGCAGUUCCACAACACACAGCUGAUGAAGCAGACAUUUGUAGAAUGGCACUACAAGGCCAUCAAAAAGAUGAAAGAGAGGCUGGCUACAAAAGAAGAGCAGGAGUACAACAAUUUCUUGCUCAAAUCCUACUUCACUCUGUGGUGCACUAAUGCCCAACAGCAAAAGCGAUAUGAGCAGAAUGCUUUAGACAAUGCUGAGGAGAGCCGAAAGAAUCUACGAAUGGAAUCCUCCUUCAGAUUCUGGAGGCACCACCUGAGGGCCACACUUGUUGCAAGAGAGCAUCAGAAGAUGUUACAGCGCAAGUUAAUGGUUCAGAUUGUAGUGGAAUGGCGAGAUGUAGCAGAUCACAGCAUGAAGAGAGCAGUUCAUGAAUUCGCUGUCCGGAUUGGACUGCAGACGCCUGAGGAUUACUCUGGGGAGACUCUGAGUACUUCAGGAGAUUCAGAGACCUCUGAAAGACUGCAACUGUUGACAGAUAUGAUCUUAGCCAGUGAGAACACUAGUGGUAUACACAGUCCUGUGGCAUCCUCUACACUAGGCACACCCAUGAAAAGUACUUUGGAUCAGCCAAGAAAGAAGAGACUGUUCUCUCCAACCCUGAGUAGGGUCAGCCUGGACUUGGACAGAUCCAUUCCAGAGAUGGACUACAAACCAUCCCUUGCCAAUACCAGUUUCAUUGAUGCCAGGUUCGAGAUGGAACAGGCUGUCAAGACAGAAAGAAUGAAAACCUUGGUGACUACAGCAGUGAAGAGAAUUCAGUUCUGGCCACUCAGUAUUAUGUUUGAUCAUUGGUGGGAGUAUACUGUCCACCAGAAGGAGCUGCGAUCACUUUGUACACAGGCCAAUGAGAUUGUGGUGAGGCAGAGGUUAAAGUUCACCUUCAGAGUGUGGAAGACACUGUACCAGAGAGAAACUCAAGCCAGACAUUUCAGGGAGGAGUGUCUGAAAAGACGUGUCUUUGAAGCGCUACAGGAGAACAAAAAAAUAAUGAAGCACAAGAAAAAGUUGUCUGCCCUUGCCCAUGGAUAUCAUUCAUUGACAGUAUUCAGAAAAAUAUUCCCUGUGUGGUUUGAAAAGGCUCAGGAAAUGAGGCAUACUCGCAGUGUGGUCCAUAUAUGGAACUCUAGGACAGAACAGGAGCAGGAGUUAUAUCCCUUGGAGGAUGUGCUUCGUAACAGACUCACCAUGAAGACCCUCAGGAAAUGCUUCGCUGUAUGGCAGCUGAAAUUUCUGCAGAUUGACAAACUGAGAAAAACAUAUUAUAAAAUCAUACAACAAAGGUACUUUGAAAUUUGGAGAGAAUGGGCUCAAAGAAAAGCUCAGUUACGAAAGGACAGCCAGGCUUUUAGUAACCACAGAAUACAGUCCUGGGCCUUCCAUAGCUGGCUUCUUCGUCAACAGCAAAUGGUUGUCUUAGAACAAAAGAUCAAAGACACACAAACACAGAACAUGAAGCAGCUGAUACAAAGCUGGCAUCACUGGGCAUCAGAAAACAAGAAGAGAAGGUUGGCACAUCUACUGGUGAUGCAGACUUCUCAGAGAAACCUUGUGGCCAGGACAUUUACAACCUGGAGAAUUCAGACAGAGAAAUGUCAGCAGAUAGCCAUAUGGUGUCAGAAGCGGCAGAUGAUCAGAGUCCUCAGAGAAUGGCAAGAAGUUACAGUAUGGAAGAAAGAGAUGAAACGAAAGGCUCUGGCAUUCCAAGUCAAGUCUUACACCAAACAGGUGAUAAGAAUAUUUAAGGUCUGGCACUCUCAGUACUUAGAGCGUGUAGAACAGCAUGAGGAGCACGAGGCAUACAUCAGGAGGUGUGUGGUGCAUUAUGGCAGGCAUUGGAUGAGGCAGGCGCAGAAGGCAAGGGGUAGACGGCUUCUCCAGGUGUUCAGGAAUAGACAGGUUGCAUCCUGUUUUGAUAAGUGGAAAUAUAUGUAUGAAAGAAAUCUAGAGAGAGAGAAUCAAUUGAACAAGUGCCUUGUACGUAGAAACAGAAGGAUUCUGGGAACUUUCCUGGACAACUGGAAGAUCAAGCUACUGUCCAACCAGGCAACAAGACAUUUCAAUGUCAAACUGUUAGGGACAUUUUUCAGUGAAUGGCAUGUCUUUGCAUCAGAGUCUAAGCAGAGGAGGGUGAACUGUGCUGUGUACCAGAGAGCCUUAGAGCAGCGUACGGUCAAAUCCUACUUCAAAUAUUGGAACAGUCUGACACAGGUUCAGAACGACAUCAAGAAACACUGUGAUCUGAAACUACAAAUCAGGGUGCUGAGAGAGUGGCAUAUAUAUGCACACCGACGUCAUCAACUGGCUACUCUAGGGUCCUUGCUGACAAAACACGUACAGACAAACACAUUGAAGAGAGCGUGGUACACCAUUAAAGUACAAGCUGAUUAUUGCCAGAAUCUGAAUGAAACUGCAAGCAAGGUGCUUAUGGAGAAGAAUAGGCAGUGUAUGAGGCAGGCUUUGUCCAUAUGGUGGGAGAGACUGAAUCGUAUCGUCGCAGGUCGCUGCUAUCAUCAUCUCCUGGCCAGAAGAACAGUGAGACAGUGGAGAUUGUUUGUAGAGAAGAAGAAAGAGGAGCGAGAGAUAGAGAGACUGAAGAACGAGGCAGCCACCAGACACCACAACAAGCAUGUCUGUAAACUGGCCUUUAGAGCCCUACACAACGAGGUCAAGGUCAAACAUCAACUGCAAAGACACAAGCUGAGGUUGCAAAAGAAAUAUGGUGGGAUAUGGAAACAUCGAGUUGACUUAAUGUAUACUGCUAAAUGUGUGGAAGAAGAAAGACUUCUGUUGCAGUCUUGGAACAUAUGGAGGAUAGCAUUUUCUAGACAUCGUGCAACAGACAAAGUGACAGCCUAUAAUGAUAGGCAAAUACUAUCCCAGGCAUUUUUGGCAUGGAAAGAAGUUUGUUUCGAAAGAAUUGACAAAGUGAGAAAAUCUGUGCAGUUUUAUGUACCUUCUUUGGAAGUUCCCACACAGAGACCCUCCCAGCUUCCAACCCCCGUCAACAGGACUCAGGGCAAGGCUUCCAGGAAGUCAACUACACCAUUUUAAUGAACUCUGCUAAUAUAAGACUCAAACCAACUGGCUUCUGUGUGAAUUUGUUACUUAAAUGAAAUGUCAAGAGAUUUUUGUAAUCAUAUUCUCUUGUGUAUAAAUGUAUCGUGAUUGUGCGCUUGUAUUCGAGAGUGAAGGUCGCUGCACAAUGUUUUAAGCAUUCUAGUCAGUAUUUAAGCUAUUGUGUAUCCAAUCGUGCAUUCCCCUUUCAUGAUAAAAACAGGGUUUGGUGUAUAGUAAUCGAACUGUGAUACCAGUGUGUGCCAAAUAUUGAUAUUUGCGCCAUGUUCCUGUUCCCGUUUAGGGAUAUAAAGGUGCUGUUUAUAUCGUGGUAUAAAUAUAAAAUGCACCUUUGCAGCCAUACUUGUCUGUGAUAGCUUGAGAAUUAAUGCAAUUUUUUUUCUUCUGGAAACCCACAUUGAUCUUUUAGUAUUUCAUUUGUUGCACUCUUAUUUAUGUUUGUUGGGUAUAAAUAUCAUUUUGUAUUUGUUUUUAUUUGUUUCAAUCACAAAAAUAAAGUAUUUGAAGC